AUGGCAACCUUGGAUGACAUUUUAGAGCAGAUUGGAGAAUUCGCCUUCUUUCAGAAACAAGCCCUCUUUGUAUUAUGUCUGCUUUCUGCUAUCUUCACUCCCAUUUACAUGGGGAUUUUUUUCCUGGGAUUCACCCCUGAGCACCAUUGUCGCAGCCCCGGCGUGGCUGAGCUGAGCCAGCGGUGCAGCUGGAGCCUGGAGGAGCAGCAAGUUCCUGAGUGGGGUGGCCACGGGGCCAGUUUCGGCAGCCACUGCAGGAGGUACGAGGUGGACUGGAACGCGGUGGGCAUCAGCUGCACUGACCCCCUCAGCAGCCUCAUGGGCAACCGGAGCACCGUCCCACUAGGUCCCUGCCAGGACGGCUGGGUCUACGACUCCCUUACCUCUCUCGUGACUGAGUUUAGCCUGGUGUGUGAGGACUCCUGGAAGCUGGACCUCUUCCAGUCAUGUGUGAAUGCCGGUUUUUUUAUUGGAUCCAUGAGCAUUGGCUACAUAGCAGACAGAUUUGGUCGCAAACUCUGUCUCCUGGUCACAGUCCUCAUCAAUGCAGUCUCGGGAGUUCUCAUGGCCUUUGCACCGAGCUACAGCUGGACGGUGAUCUUCCGCCUGAUACAGGGACUGGUCAGCAAGGGGGCCUGGCUGACAGGCUACGUCCUCAUUGCAGAAUUUGUUGGCUCAAACUACCGGAGAGCAACAGCUAUCACUUACCAGAUUGCCUUCACGCUGGGACUCCUCAUCCUCACUGCCUUGGCUUACAUGAUUCCACACUGGAGGUGGUUCCAGCUCACAGUCACACUGCCCAAUUUCUUCUUCCUGCUCUACUAUUGGUGUCUGCCUGAGUCUCCCAGGUGGCUCAUAGCUCAAAAGCAAAAUGAUAAAGCUAUGGAAGUUAUUAAGCGCAUUGCCAAGGGAAAUAAGAAGCAGCUACCUCUCUCUUUCCAGAAUCUCAACACCAAAGAUGAAGAUGGAGAAAAGCUGAAACCUUCAUUUCUAGACCUGAUCAGGACACCUCAGAUAAGAAAACAUACGCUCAUUUUGAUGUACAGCUGGUUCACAAGCUCCGUCCUCUACCAGGGGCUCAUCAUGCACAUGGGAAUAGCUGCUGGGAACAUAUAUCUGGAUUUCCUGUAUUCUGCCCUCGUCGAGUUCCCAGCUGCCUUCAUCCUCUUGCUGACACUGGAUCGCAUCGGCCGUCGCUACCCAUGGGCUGUGGCAAACGUGGUGGCAGGUGUUGCUUGCCUCCUUACAGCAUUAGUCCCAGACACUCUUUAUUGGCUUAAAAUGACUACAGCUUGCUUGGGCAGGAUGGGAAUUACCAUGUGCUAUGAAGUCAUUUGCCUGGUAAAUCCUGAGCUGUAUCCAACAUUUCUCAGGAACCUGGGAGUCCUCGUCUGCUCCUCCAUGUGCGACAUUGGUGGGAUCAUAACACCCUUCCUUGUGUACAGACUAGCAGAGCUCUGGCACGAUCUGCCCUUGGUCAUCUUUGCUGUGAUUGCUUUAAUCAACAGCAGCUUGGUUUUACUCCUACCUGAGAUGAAGGGAAAGACUCUGCCCAAAACCAUUGAAGAUGUUGAAAAUCUGCACAGCCAGGAGAGAAGCAAAGAAAAAACUAUUUAUCUCCACGUUCUGACUUUCGAAGAUGUUCCCAACUAA